UCUAUUCUGGACGGUCAACGUUUUACGAAGUUCGGGUUCUUCUAGUAUUUCGCUCAGAAAAUUCGAAUCUCGGCCACGCGGUGCGGAUAAAUCCAAUAGACAUGAUACUGAGCACGUGUUGUGUUCUCGUGGCUCUUGUGGUUAGCGCCCAGAGUGCUACAUUUAAGGUGACGUCGCAGGUGUACAUGGAUAUAUCAAUUAACGGCAAGAACGAAGGACGGGUAAUCAUCGGGAUGUUCGGUGAGGAGGCUCCGAAAACGGUGGAAAAUUUUCGACACAUUUGCAUGCAUGGAAUUGAUGGAAUUUCGUACAAAGGCAGUCGAUUCCAUCGAGUGAUCAGCAAGUUCAUGAUUCAAGGCGGUGACAUCGUCUCCGGCGAUGGGCAUGGUUCGAUCAGCAUCUACGGCAAAUAUUUCGAGGACGAAAAUCUACACAUCAACCACAGUAGCUCGGGCUUCAUCGCGAUGGCCAACCGCGGACCGAACACCAACGGAUGUCAAUUUUACAUAACCACCAUGCCGGCGCCGUGGCUCAACGGAAAGCACACCGUCUUCGGUAAAGUGCUGGACGGGCAGGGCGUUGUACACAAGGUGGAACAGCAGAAAACUGACACCGACGACUAUCCAGUACCGACGAUCAUAUUGGAAGAUUGCGGUGACCACCCGAUGGGCAAUCCGUUUACCGUGUCCGAUGAUCCUUACGAUCUUUGGGCCUGGAUUAAAGCCGCAUACCUGCCGCUGGGGAUGAGCUUCAGCAUUCUGGCCUUCUUUCAGUACAUUAUACGAAAACUGGAUAUCUAUACUUAAAUUUAUUACUCUGUGUAAACGUUUUUGAGAAAGUUUUUGGUUUUCAAUAAAAGUUCAUAACAAUUAUAA